CCCCUCGCGGCAGCUCGGCCGCUCCCAUUGGCCGGCGGAACCGAGGGCGGCGGAUCCGCGGCUGCUGGUUGGCUGCUGGGCGCAGGCGCGGGGCAUCAUGGCGGCGCCGGGGCGGAGGAGCGUGGUGUUCGUGACGGGCAACGCCAAGAAGCUGGAGGAGGUCACUCAGAUCCUCGGGGACUCCUCUCCGUACACGCUGGUGGCGAAGAAGAUUGACCUGCCCGAGUACCAGGGGGAGCCGGACGAGAUCUCCGUGCAGAAGUGCCGUGAGGCCGCCCGGCAGAUUCGGGGUCCUGUUAUUGUAGAGGACACCUGCUUGUGCUUCAAUGCCCUGGGGGGACUUCCAGGACCGUACAUAAAAUGGUUCCUGGAAAAGCUCAAGCCAGAAGGCCUGUACAAGCUGCUGGCUGGCUUUGAGGACAAAUCUGCCUAUGCUCUUUGCACCUUUGCGUUCAGUACUGGAAACCCAGAGGAGCCCGUGAAGCUGUUCAAAGGCCAGACGCAUGGGGUGAUUGUUGAGCCCAGAGGGCCUCGAGAUUUCGGCUGGGAUCCUUGCUUUCAGCCUGACGGCUACGACCAGACCUAUGCGGAGCUGCCCAAGGCUGUGAAGAAUUCCAUCUCACACCGGUACCGCGCACUGAGCGAGCUCUCUGCCUUCUUCCUUCAGAGCAACCCCACAGAGUCCCCCUCCGUUCCCAGCUAACAUCCCCUGCCUGCAGACACUGGAUGCUGUACUCUUCAUACACAGCCCUGCGAGAUCUCGGUUCGGUCGUGUGCUCAUAUUAAAGUUACUCCCAGUGACGCCACGAA